AUGACGCAAGAGGAACGGGAACAAUUACACGUCAUCAUCGUCGGGGGUGGAAUCUGUGGAAUGGCCUGUGGCGCGGCUCUCAGGGCUCACGCCAAGGUGACCAUCCUAGAAUCGGUAAAGGUCGUUCGAGAGAUUGGAGCCGCUGUUCAUCUCGCUCCGAAUGCUACGCGGAUCAUCAAGGCACUCGGGGGAGACCUUCUCAAGUAUGGCGCGCCCAACGUCAAGAUGUUCAAGACUUUUCAGCCUGAUGGGACGCCCUUGAUCGCCGUACCCAGCGGCACCGACGACGGUGAGAAUCAAUGGCUCUUGAACCAUCGGGUGGAUGUCCUGGAAGAGUUGAAGGAGCUCGCAACGAGAGACGAUGGACCAGGGAGGCCUUGCGAGCUGGUGCUCAAUACCAGAGUGGUCGGAUGCGAUCCGGAGGCUGGAACCGUCACUACCAGCACCGGCGAAGUAUACACUGCCGAUGUCAUCAUCGCGUCUGACGGUAUCAAAUCGGCCGUCCGAUCUUCCAUCGUCGGCGACUCUCUCAACUCGGUCCCAUCCGGUCAUUCAGCUUAUCGAAUGCUCAUUCCCGCCUCCAAGAUCAACUCCGACCCUGAAUUGGCGGCGCUCAAGAUUACCGACCCGAACUUGACGAUCAUCUAUGGGAAUGGCAGGAGGAUCAUCUGUUAUCCCUGUAGGAACCAGACGAUACUGAACUUCGUGUGCAUCUUGCCCGACUCGGAGUUGAACGAAAUUUCAGAAGAGAAAUGGACAGCCAAGGGUGACGUGGCAUCGCUAGUCAAGUCGUACAGCUCGUUCGCACCCGUCUACCAGAAACUGCUGGGCACGGCGGACGAGGUCGGGCUGUGGCAGUUGAGAGACCAAGAACCUCUGCACAAGUGGACCAAGGGGAGAGCCAUCUUGCUCGGCGACGCAGCUCACGCCAUGCUACCUCAUCAAGGUCAAGGUGCCUCUCAAGCUAUCGAAGACGCCGAGGCCAUAGGUGCCCUCCUCCAGGAUGUCUCUCCCGCCGACGUACCCGCUACUCUAGAGGAAAUUUUCAGGAUCCGAUACAAACGAGCCACGAUGACGCAACAACAGAGCAGGUUGGCCGGGCUCGGAUCGGCGAGCCGUGGAACGGGGGACGAGGUCGUCAAGCAGAUGGAAGCGCAUGCGAUGAAUCAGUUCGAGUUCAAGAAUUUCACAUGGCAAUACCGAGGGGCUAAGGAUUGGAAGGCGAAUCAUGCCGAAUUCGUCUUGCAAGCUUGAUAAUCGGCGUGGGGAAGGACAAGGAACCUCUGGAAUCGGCUAGCAUAGUGGGUUUGUAUCGAUGCGUUAUAAGACUGUAUAACUCUGACGGUUGAAGAAUAACUGUAAGAAAAGGCCAUGCCAUCGACGCUUCGUAGCAGCGUCGUCUGUCUCUUGCCAGCUUUCAUCACGUUUCCAUCGAAAAUGACAUCGAAACUUGAAAAAGCGAAUCGGUAUUAAGGUUGUACAGUUUAGGCAGACCGAAAUGACAGAAUACAAGUUACG